UUGGUAGUUCUAGAUUAUAAGAUUGUUUCAAUUGACAAAAAUUUGUUUUUUUUUGGAGAUAAUUACUGGUAAUGGCUGCUUAAUUUUCGUGAAGAAACAGCAUCUGAAAAUUUCUGUUCAACAAGCUUUAUACGUGAAAUUUUAUGUUCGAAUCUUUGCAUUGUUUGCUGAAGAAUUUUACAUUUGUCGUGUCUGUCCAAUUUUGGUGGCUUUCGUCUGUGUUUUGUGGCAUCAUUAUCUGCGAAACUGUUUAUAAGUUAACUGGAAUGGUUAGCCUAAUGUGCUUCAAGGGAUAUGGGAAUCUCAGCAUUGCAAAAAAAAUUGAGUGGAAUAACAGAGGCUUUUCAACAUUUCAUGCUGUUAUGGUAGCAUUUGCUUCUCUUUACUUGGUAUUGUUGUCUGAUCUUUUCAGUGAAGGUUAUAGUGAUGAGUUAAUCAUCAAUCGAACGUCUGCUGUUUCAGAAACAGUACUUGGGAUAUCUAUUGGCUAUUUUCUGUCAGACCUGGCAAUGAUUCUUUGGACUUUCCCAGCUUUAGGUGGUCUGGAAUAUGUUCUACAUCAUGGGCUAUCCAUGUUUUCAAUCUUUCUUGCUCUUGUAAGUGGUCAAGGACAGAUAUAUAUACUCAUGGUUCUCUUCUCAGAGAUUACAACACCAUUUGUAAAUCUAAGAUGGUAUUUGGAUGUUGCUGGUCAGAAAAGUUCCAACAUAUACAUCUGGAACGGUGUGGCAUUGUUCCUGGGGUGGUUGGUAGCAAGGAUUCUUUUAUUCAUCUAUUUUUUCAUCCACAUGGCUAUCCAUUUUGAUCAGGUGAAGGAAAUUUUCCCCUUAGGCUUCUACAGCAUGCUGACAGUGCCUCCAGUGUUGGCAAUUAUGAACGUGAUAUGGUUUUGGAAAAUUUUCAAAGGUUUGAUCAAAACUCUUUCGAAAGCAAGGCACAGGCAGUGAGUAAAAAUUUCUUCUGUGUUUGGCCAUAAUAGAUUUUUAUUCAAAAAAAUGGAAUGACAAAGUGUAAAUCAAAUUGUAAAUUAGUUUCUUCCCCAGCAUCAUAUUGAUAUUGACAUGCUUUAUUGCCUUAAUUUGUUUUGUCCUGAUUUGACCGACAUUGGGUUUUCUUUUUCAAUUCAUCAUGAACUGUAAUCACAUUUCUUUUAUCAAUUUAAUAAUAAAUUACUUUUUCUAA